CGAGACAGGCAGCCAGGGCCCGUGAAGCUUGCGCGUGGGCGGCCAGCGCCGAGCUCCAGAAACCUGGGCAUUGCGCCUCCGUCUCGGCUACUGUGGCUUCUGUAACCUGAUUCUUAAUGAACUCAGCCGUUAAAACAUCCUUAGGCCGUAUAAGUCUGUGCGCUUCAGCGUCCGGGGCUUGUGGGGCGCCCUACCUUAAGGGGGUCUGUGGGGUAGCGCGGCUGGAGCCGGAGUGGUGCUCAAGCUUGGGCGUGCUGCAGGUCUGUGCCCUUCAGCGUCCGGGGCUUGUGGGGCGCCCUACCUUAAGGGGGUCUGUGGGGUAGCGCGGCUGGAGCCGGAGUGGUGCUCGAGCUUGGGCGAGGCGUGGACUGGGGGCCAUUUUCGUACAGAAAGAUCAAGAUACGAGCCCUGUGGAAAUGGGCUGGAGUGCCUGGCAGCGGCGUUGUGCCAGAAUGGUCAUGGCGCACGACAGCAGUGUGUGUGCCCUCCGCUGCAGGCGCCCCUGCACGUGGCCGUGCACGCGGCCGACCUGUUCAUUCUGGCAGUGGUACGGGUGGGCGGCAGACGAGAUGUUCACAGCAAGAUGCGGAGGGAGCGGAGGAGCAGGUGGAGGAGCAGGCGCAGGAGGGGCGUCCCCUGGCGUCCGCAGGAGGGCAUUGAUUCGCGUCCGCCACAGCCACGGCUCUUUACUUACCGUACUGCAACGCUCGAUUGGUGUGACCGGAUCUGUGACAAGGGGUGUCAGUUUUGUACAGCUGGAAAAUGGGCUGAGCCCCCGUACGCUUGGGAGCUAAUAGGCGUGUAACGCCCCGUCAGA